GACUCCAACUUUAUUAUAUAUGUAACGCUAAUUAUUUCUCAGUGUAUUCCACGUCUGAAUUAAAUUCAUCGGUUCCAACUUCAAUUCACAGACUUUUCUUCGGAGACGACUAGCUAUGCGUCAAGAUGGUUUCGGCAAGUUCGCUCUCGCAGUACACAUCGCAGCUGCGUCGUCGAUCGGGCUGAUCUCCGCCGCCGGAAUCAUGCAUUUCCGCCACCGCAAGUCCAAGCCUUCCAACGACAACGGCGGCGACGACCACCACCACCACCACCUCGCUCCGGUCCUGGAUCGGACGGAAUCCGGCCGCGUCGGCAAAAUCGAGAGAUUCUCCCAUUACCUAGCUAGGCAGAUGGGAUUCGAAGACGAGAGCGAGUGCCCUAGGCUGAUUAAAUUGGCGUAUCAGUAUCUGAAGAGAUCGAAAGGCGUUGACGACAAAAUUUAUGAGUAUUUAGCAAACGAACCGAAUGCAGAGAUUUUGUAUGUGAAAUUGGUUGAAGAAUUUGAGAGAUGCAUUCUCGGCUACUUGGCCUUUCAUUGGAGCCAAGCUCCUCUUUUGAUUAGUCAGGUAUUGAGCGUUGACUCUGAGCAGAAAAGGCUCAAGGAAUUGGUCAUGGCAGCUACAAGGAAGCAAAGGUUCGAUAAAAUAGCGAAGGACCUAAAAGUGACACGAGUGUUCUCGACACUAGUAGAGGAGAUGAAAGCAAUCGGAGCGGUACCUAAUAACGAAGCAUUGAAUCAUUCGGAGGUGAUGGCUCCGGUGGCUCUUAGCGAAAGAAGCCCCGUGCUCCUCCUUAUGGGCGGCGGCAUGGGUGCCGGCAAGAGCACCGUCCUCAAAGACCUUAUGAAAGAGUCAUUUUGGUCAGGGGCAGCAGCAAAAGCUGUGAUUGUGGAGGCUGACGCGUUUAAGGAGACGGAUGUUCUCUACCGAGCUCUUAGCUCAAGAGGGCAUCACGGAGACAUGCUUCAAACGGCUGAACUCGUGCAUCAAUCAUCUACCGAUGCAGCAUCGUCGCUCCUAGUGACGGCACUAAACGAAGGGCGUGACGUCAUCAUGGAUGGGACCCUUUCGUGGGAGCCGUUCGUUGAGCAGACAAUUGACAUGGCAAGAAACGUGCACAAACAUAGGUACCGUAUGGGAGUAGGGUACAAGGUUGCAGAGGAUGGUACCGUCACGGAGAAUUAUUGGGCUCAAGUCGAAGAAGAAGAGGGAUCGGAAGAUGCUAAUAAGAUUCUCAGAAAACCGUAUCGGAUUGAGUUGGUGGGAGUUGUGUGUGAUGCCUAUCUUGCUGUUGUUAGGGGUAUCAGGAGGGCGAUACAAAUAGGGAGGGCAGUGAGGGUAAAAUCCCAAUUGAAAUCCCACAAGAGUUUUGCUAAUGCAUUUCCGAGAUAUACUUUGCUCGUCGACAAUGCUCGGCUAUACUGCACUAAUUCUCCGGGCGGUCCUCCAACGUUGAUAGCGUGGAAAGAUGGAGAUAGCAAACUAUUAGUUGACCGAGAAGACAUAAAUUGUUUGACCUCGGUAAGCGAACUGAACGAUGACGCAGAGUCGAUAUUCGAGCUCCACAAAGGGUCGGAUCGGAUAAACGAGCCUGGCUCGGUGUGGAAAGAUGUGGUGUUGCUUCCCACAAGGUCAAGCCUUCAAUUGGAGCUCAAAAAUGUUGUGAAAAAAAUUGAAGUCCCUGUUGUUGCUUAAGAUCAGAAGUGCUUAUUUUUCUUUCUGUUUUUUUGUUGUAAUUUAAUAAUUUCUAUUGUUUCUUGUUUGUAAGCUAAGUUAACUGAUUUUUGAGUUUGAGGGAGCUCUUCUUUUGUUGUACCGUGGGCAAUGAAAUUGGUACAAGAUCAAGAUUUGGGAAAGGAGUAUAUGGAAAUUCAGUUGAUUGGCUUAAA